CGGUUCAGUUUUGAAAGAGUCCUUCAUUUGUGUUGAGGAAGCAUAAUUCGUCCAUUACUCGUGUCAGCCUCCUCCUCCGUCUUCCUCCUCCCCUCCUCAACCUCCGUCCCAUUUCAAACCGCCGCCGUGACGCCCCCCACGCGCUUUUGAAAUUCCACCGGCCCCUCGCCGGAGCCCUAAUCCCCUCCUUCCAGAUCUCCACUCCACUCCUCUCCGAUCGAUCGCCUCCUCCUCUCCUCUCAUCUUGCUGGACUGCUCGCGUCUUCUCUCUCUGUCGAAUCUGCCAGUGCGAGCAUCGAUCUCCCUCGUGGCCGGACCUCCAUUUUGAGCGGGCGAGCGAAUCAGGUUUUGGAGCAUGGAGGCGAUCGAGGAACUGAUUCAGCUCUCGGAUGCGAUGCGGCAGGCAUCUGCCGUCCUCGCGGACGAAGACAUUGACGAGAGCUCGUCGUCAUCCAGCAGGCGCACUUCCACCUUCCUCAAUGCCGUCGCCCUUGGCAAUGUCGGUGCUGGAAAGUCUGCUGUCUUAAAUAGUCUCAUCGGCCAUCCAAUUCUUCCUACUGGUGAGAAUGGUGCUACCCGGGCUCCCAUAACGGUUGACCUAUCAAGGGAUAGUAAUUUAAGCAGCAAAUCAAUCGUUUUACAAAUUGACAACAAAUCUCAACAGGUUUCCGCAAGUGCUCUUCGACAUUCUCUCCAAGAUAGGCUAAGCAAGGGUUCAUCUGGAAGAAGUCGUGAUGAAAUAUAUUUGAAACUUCGUACUAGUACAGCUCCACCUUUAAAGUUGAUUGAUUUACCGGGACUUGAUCAAAGAUUUGUGGAUGACUCGCUGAUCAGUGAGUAUGUUGAACGCAAUGAUGCCAUUCUGGUUGUUGUAAUACCCGCUAGUCAGGUGCCGGAAGUUUCAUCAUCUCGCGCCCUUAAAAUUGCUAAGGAAUAUGAUGCAGAAAGUACCAGAACUGUUGGUGUUAUAAGUAAAAUUGAUCAAGCAGCUUCAGAUUCAAAAGCAUUGGCAGCUGUUCAAGCUCUCUUGUCGAAUCAGGGACCACCAAAGACAGCUGAUAUUCCAUGGAUUGCAUUAAUUGGUCAGUCUGUCUCUAUUGCUUCUGCACAGUCCGGAAAUGCUGAGAGCUCUUUGGAAACUGCCUGGAGAGCUGAGAGUGAAAGUCUGAAAUCCAUAUUAAGUGGCACCCCUCAAAGCAAGCUUGGUAGGGUAGCUCUGGUUGAUGCGCUAGCAGGCCAGAUCCGUAACCGUAUGAAACUCAGGCUGCCAAAUCUCCUUUCAGGGCUUCAAGGAAAGUCUCAAAUUGUACAGGAUGAAUUGUCAAGGCUUGGGAGUCAAAUGGUUGAUAGUGCUGAAGGUACAAGGGCUCUUGCUUUGCAGCUUUGCCGUGAAUUUGAAGACAGGUUUCUCCAGCACAUCACGAGCGGGGAGGGUAGUGGCUGGAAAGUUGUAGCAAGUUUUGAGGGCAAUUUCCCUAACCGGAUCAAGCAGCUUCCAUUGGACAGACACUUUGACAUUAAUAAUGUGAAAAGAAUUGUGCUGGAAGCAGAUGGAUAUCAACCUUAUCUUAUAUCUCCUGAGAAAGGUCUGAGAUCCUUAAUUAAAAUUGUAUUAGAGAUGGCUAAAGAACCAGCACGACUCUGUGUUGACGAGGUGCAUCAUGUACUGGUGGACAUUGUUUCUGCUGCUGCAAGUGCUACUCCUGGCCUUGGCAGAUACCCUCCUUUCAAGAGAGAGAUUGUGGCAUUAGCCUCUGCUGCUCUGGAUAAUUUUAAGAGUGAAGCCAAGAAAAUGGUUAUUGCUCUCGUAGAUAUGGAGCGUGCUUUUGUUCCUCCUCAGCACUUCAUCCGAUUGGUUCAAAGACGCAUGGAGAGGCAGCGUCGGGAGGAAGAAUUGAAGAACAGAUCCUCCAAGAAAGCAGCAGAAGCUGAUCAAUCUUUGUUAAACAGGGCUACAAGCCCUCUAACAGGGGAUCAAAAAAGUGGCGGUAGCUUAAAAUCUAUGAAAGAUAAAUCCUCACAGCAAGAUAAAGAUGCACAAGAGGAAUCAACACUGAAGACUGCUGGGCCUGGUGGAGAAAUAACUGCAGGAUUUUUGUUGAAAAAAAGUGCAAAAACAAAUGGAUGGAGUAGGAGAUGGUUUGUCCUAAAUGAAAAAACUGGCAAGCUGGGAUACACGAAAAAGCAAGAAGAAAGACAUUUCAGAGGUGUAAUCACCUUAGAGGAAUGCAACAUUGAAGAAGUUUCUGAAGAUGAAGAACCCCCAUCAAAGAGUUCCAAGGAUAAGAAAUCAAAUGGCCCUGAAAAAGGGCCAAGCCUUGUUUUCAAGAUAACCAGCAAGGUUCAGUAUAAGACUGUUUUAAAAGCUCACAGUGCAGUGCUCUUGAAGGCUGAGAACGCAGCAGAUAAGAUUGAGUGGUUAAAUAAGUUGAGAAAUGUCGCACAGCCUGGAGGAGGUCAGAUUAAGGGAGAAUCUGGUCUUCCUAUGCGGCAGAGUCUAUCUGACGGUUCACUGGAUACAAUGGCUAGAAGACCUGCGGACCCCGAAGAGGAACUGCGGUGGAUGUCACAGGAAGUACGUGGUUAUGUGGAGGCUGUACUCAACAGUCUUGCUGCCAACGUUCCAAAGGCAGUAGUUCUUUGUCAAGUUGAGAAAGCCAAGGAAGAUAUGCUUAACCAGUUAUACAGUUCAGUCAGCGCCCAAAGCUCUGCUAAGAUUGAAGAACUCCUUCAAGAAGACCAGAACGUGAAGCGCAAACGAGAACGUAUUCAGAAACAGUCAUCUGUUCUCUCAAAACUGACGAGACUACUCAGCAUUCACGACAAUCGAGCAUCCGCGGCCUCCAGCUGGAGCAAUGAUGGCCCUAGUGCAGAGAGCAGUCCGAGAACACGUGGGUCUUCGUCUGGGGAUGACUGGAGAUCAGCAUUUGAUGCAGCCGCCAAUGGGUCUGUGGAAUCAGGGAGGUCCGGAGCAAGCCAUAGCCGACGUUACAGCGAUCCUGCUCAGAAUGGAGAUGCGAGCUCUGGCUCAAACCAUGGGGGCCGAAGAACUCCUAAUAGGCUCCCGCCAGCCCCUCCGCAGUCCUCUGGUUCAGCUUACAGAUAUUAAGUGAAAAACACCCCGAGCAGAUACAAAUGGUAUUGGUUAUACGUAUUACAUGGUGGUGGCUUGGCUUGGGCGUUUGGUCCUAUCAGUCUGAAUCAAUGGAGCACUUUGAUAGAGAUGCCCGCCUAUCCGAUAUUGUUGCAUAUGAUUUGUAGAAGCGGUGGAUGGGUACUAUAUAUUAUUGCAUUCGAUAUUUCAUUUCUUACUCGUCGGUCAGCAGGUAUUGACUCGAGGGGGUACCGUGUAUGUCAGUUACCCAUUCUCUGAGAUUUUCUCCGAUGUAUUGUUUUCCAUUUUCCGGUCUUGGUUUCUUUUCUGCAGUUUAUUGGUCGGGAGGGGUCGGGUUUUGGUUUUGGACUCAAUAUUUUCCCAGAAAAUAGACGGAUUGCGACAGGCAUAAUUUUUGUACACCAUCUUGUAGUGAAAAAUAUUCAAUUUCCUUAUGCAAUGAUUGAGUUGUCACA